AUGAUGAGGUUCCUUUAUCAUCGAAAUUUCAAAUGAAGUCUGCUUCAGGGGUAUUGGGUGGUAGACAACAUGGUUUUGAUGAAAAGAAACCAUUGGAUUCAAAAGUUCAUCAGAAUGGUUCGACCUCAAGGGAUAAGCUGCAAAAGCCUGCUGUUGUUUCCAGCAAGAGACCUCUUCCUAAUGCAGAUUCCCAUUCCUCUUCUCAGAUUUCAUCGAAAAAGCCAAAGCUUUCAGACUCAUCUACUCCUUUGAGUACCAAUACAGUAUCAUUGAAAGCAAAACAAGAAGUAGCUGACGACGAUGACCAUAUUCCUAUUUCACAGAGAAUGAAGAUGUCUGCAGCAGUGAAUAAGUCAUCAGGUUCUAAGAAAACAGUAUCAAAAGUGGCUUCUUCUUCAAUCAAAAAAACACUCAAGAAAUCCAAAAAGCCAGUCAAGAAAUCCAAAUAUGUUAAGUCCACAAAGUUGCUGCCCAGUUCUGGUGAUGGACAGAAAAAAUGGACCACCUUGGUUCACAAUGGUGUCAUUUUUCCACCUCCAUACCAGACUCAUGGGGUGAAGAUUCUUCAUAAAGGGAAGCCUGUUGAUUUGACUCCUGAACAAGAGGAGGUUGCAACCAUGUUUGCGGUGAUGAAGGAUACAGAUUAUAUGCAAAAACCGAAAUUCAAAGAAAAUUUCUGGAAUGACUGGCGCAAAUUACUUGGGAAAAACCAUGUCAUUCAGAAUUUGGAUGAUUGUGAUUUCACCCCAAUAUAUGACUGGUAUCAGACGGAGAAGGAGAAGAAGAAACAGAUGACUACAGAAGUAAGUUUGUGAUGUUUUAAUCUUCCUG